AUAUUCUCUUUCUGCUUGAAGAAAAAAACAAAAGUUCCCAUUUUCAUUUCAAGUUUCCAACUGAAGCAGCUAACAACUUCCUCUCCUUCUCUAUAUUUAUACCACAGCCCUCGUAAAUUCUUCAUCAGCUAAACCCAUUUGCUACAGCUUUUCAGAAUUAGUGCAGUAUAUUAACAUCUUCCACUUUAUGCCAGCAAUUUUGCUGGCUACGACCGUUAAACAUUAUGAACCCCCAGAGUACAAGGAAUCCUAGUAAUGCUUUGGAGGGUGUGCAUGGGAUCCAUGUUGUGCCUCACUCCCCAUUUGCUUUGGAAGAGAUGACUCAACAUGGGAACUUCUCCCCAUCAACCUGUGGAAGUCUAACUAAUACAGAGGAGCAGCGGUUAUUACUUCAGAGAAUGUGGCAACAAAGACCAGGAUGUUUGAGGCCCAUCAAGUGCUGUGUUACUGGUGAUAAACAUCUUGCAGAAACAGUAGCAAAUGUGGUUACAUCAAUUCCUUUUAUUGCUCUAGGACUCCAGGCUCCAAGGAAGAACCUGAAUACUAAGUUGUAUGCUAACUCAUUGGUUGGUGUUGGAGUUGCCUCGAGUUUGUAUCAUUCUUCAAGAGGAAAAAUCAGGAAGUACUUGAGAUGGUUUGAUUAUACGAUGAUAGCUGCCGCAACAAUAUGUUUAUCAAGAGCCCUUAGAAAUGAGAACCCUAAGUUGCUGAUGGCAGCAUCUGCAGCAUUAUUGCCUAUCCAGCCUUUAAUGGUGUCUGCUGUUCACACAGGGAUGAUGGAGGUGGCAUUUGCAAAAAGAGCAUUAAAAGAUCCAGACUUAAGGAUGGCACAUAAUCUGCAUAAGAUGUCAUCUUUGUUAGGAGGAGUUCUUUUCAUUGCAGAUGAUUUCUUUCCUAGUACUCCUUUCAUUCAUGCUGGUUGGCAUCUCGCCGCAGCUGUUGGAGUUGGCACCUGUAACAAGCUUCUUGAGUAGCAACCAUACAUCUCAGGUCAGUUUUGUACAGUUCAAUUAUCCACAUAGCUUCAGCUUCAACUCAAAAACCAGGAUCACUUCAAUGUGUCCAAACCCACAUUGGGUUGCCUAAUCAAUUCUGUAUUCUUCCCUGCAUUAGGGAAAAAGGGGGGGGAGGGAAUUUAGCAUUACC